AUGGGAUAUCGAGGAUGUGAUCAUCAGACUGGUAAAAUUGCCAUUGAUUACACUUACGGAGUUAUGUUUUAUGCGGAACUUCAGUCCUAUCAAGUUCGAUGCUGGAAUAUCAGGAAGCCGCUCAAUCCAGACAAUAUUGAUGUAAUUUUCGAGUCAGAUAAAUUAUUAUUCGUUGUGGAAGUGUUCAUAGAUUCUAGUGGAUAUUUGUGGUUCAACACUGAUCACAUUCCCAUUGAUUGGGCUACAGAUAUUCCAUUAAAUCUCAAUGAAGUGAAUUCUAGAAUGUUUAGGGUGAAAGUAUCAGAUGCCAUCCGAGGAACAAUAAAUGCUCUCAAUGAAUCGGAUUUCUCAAUGCCAGUUGAGAAAGUGGAAUUCAGAAGAUUGACACCUCUAGACGACGAUAAUCUAUUUGCCGAUACCAAAACGAUCGAAAAAGUUCCCUCUGGUGAUCAACUUCCAUUCAAGCAGAGACGAUCAGUGGUGACGAUAGAAAAGUCUUCCGAAGAAAAGAGAAUAAUCUCCGUUUUCUAUUUUACUGUUGAUGAAAAGUGCGAUAGGGUAUAUUUCAUGGACAAUGGAAAUCUUCAGUACUAUCAAAACACAACUUACUCAAUCCAAAAGCCGUCCUUGUGGGUCAUUGGACUUCCUUCUGACGGAUGUAAAACUCGAAACUUUCCAAUCAUUCGACGCUCUGAACUCCCAGAGAGGAUUUCUGCAAAAGGAUCAAAUGGAUUCAUGGUAGUGACUCCGGAUUAUCAGUCAGAUUCUUGUGAGGAUGUAUUUUUCUAUAUUGCCAAUUUAUAUUACAAUUAUCUUGUGGUUUACGACUACAAAAAUGAUGAAUUCUGGUCAUUCGAACAUGAAUCAUUCCACCCAAUUAUUGCUGAAUCCAAUUUUGUGUUUAAAAGUGCUUUGAAUUAUUAUGCUCCUUUGGGAAUGUUCAAUGUUGCACUAGGAUAUCCAGACGAGAAUGGUGAUAGACUAGCAUAUUAUUCACCUAUUGCCAGCACAGCUCAGUUUGCGGUUUCUACUAAAAUAUUGAAAGAUAAAAGUAAAUCAUCGGCCAAUUUGACACAGGAUGACUUUGAACUAAUUGGAUAUCGAGGAAGUGGUCAUCAGACAGUCGGGACAGUAAUUGAUUACACUCAUGGAGUAAUGUUUUAUGCGGAAUCACAAUCUUAUCAAAUUCGAUGCUGGAAUAUCAAGAAAAGACUUAAUCCCGACAAUAUUGAUUCCAAAGGAUAUCUAUGGUUUAACAUGAAUCAUAUCCCUGUUAUUUGGAGUACAGACAUUCCUCUUAAUGUACAAGAAGUUAAUUCUAGGUUCUUCCGUGUUAAGGUGUCAGAUGCCAUUAGGGGAACAGUUUGUGAGGAUAAAGAUAAAUACUAA